AUGGCGCUUCAAGUCUAUCUCAUCGCACUCUCAUCCUUCAUCCUCCUGGCAGCAGUUCGACUAUACCAAUACAGCAAGCUAUCCUCCCGCCCCGCAAAUUACCCCCCUGGGCCCAAAACCGUCCCGUUUUUGGGCAACUUGCACCAGGUCCCGGUGAAUCGGCCGGAACUCAAGUUCACCGAGUACGCGCACGAAUUUGGGGCGAUUACCGGUCUCAAGCUUGGAUGCCAGAACCUCAUUCUUCUUAACACGUGGCAAGCGGUGCGCGACCUUAUCGAGCAGAAGGGCGCGAUUUACUCGUCUAGGCCGUUUAAUGCGGUCGUUGAUAUCGUCGUUCCGAAAGGCGAGAAUCCUGCACUGAGUCCUUACGGCGACUUAUGGCGAAGUCAGCGCAAGCGCAUUGUGGAGUACAUUGGUGGUGAGAGGACUGAUAAGAUGAAGCCUGUACAGGAUGCCGAAUCGACGCAGAUGAUCUACGAUAUGAUGAACCGUCCGGAAGAUUUUGAGCGGCACGUUGAUCGCAGCUUUGGUGCGGCUAUUCUCGCGACAGUGUUUGGUCAGCGCGGGAAGACCAUGGAUCCUGGUGGCAAGCUAGAUAGUUUUUUCAAUGUCCAGGCUGAAUGGACUGUAUCGUUGGGUGCAACUGCAUCUCCACCGUUGAACAAUUUUCCAUUCUUGGGCAACAUACCCGACUGGCUGACGCCAUGGAAAGGAUGGAAGGAUAGAGCCUUGUUUAUCAAGAGAGAGCAGGAGCGAGUUUAUGGUGGCCUUGUGAACGAGGUAAAAGAGAGACUAAUGGGGGGUGAAGAAUCAGAGUGCUUUGUGGCGACAGUCCUGAAGACUCGAGAGAAAGAGCAGUACACUGACAACGGGCUGGCGCACCUGUCUGGCGUGCUACUCGAAGGGGGUGCAGAGACAUCUGCAAGCUCGGUGAUGGUCUUCAUCCUGGCCAUGGCUGCAUUCCCAGAGGUGUUGGCGAAGGUGCAGGAAGAAGUCGACCGCGUUUGUGGAACCUCGAGGAUGCCAGGAGAAAAUGACGUUAGUAGCUUGCCCUACGUCAGGGCCGUAAUGUUGGAGGUUCUCCGAUGGAGGCCGAUCGCACCACUAGGUGUUCCGCAUAACACAGUGAGCGAAGAUACUUAUGGAAGCUACACCGUGCCAGCCGAUACCGACAUCAUUGUCAACGCUUGGCGAAUCAACCACGACGAAUCGUUCUACGAUGAGCACGAAAGAUUCAAUCCUGAGCGAUACAUGCAAGAUGAGUAUGGACGUGGCGAGUUUGCGCGAAUGCAAGAUAUCAAAGGUCGCCGACUGAAUUAUUCAUUCGGAGCAGGUCGACGUGUCUGUCCCGGUCAGAGGUUUGCUGAGAAUAGCUUGAUGAUGCAUUAUGCAAAAUUGGCAUGGGCGUUUGAAAUCAAACCUACCGGGGAAUUGCCGGUGGACAAUUGGAACGAUUGGACGGAUGGACUGAUCAUUCGACCGAAGCACUUGCAGGUCAGAUUCGAGCUGCGAGGUGGCAGGAAAGAAACGAUUAAGCAAGCGUGGUUGGAGGCGGACGAUUUCUUGCGACAGUUCGAAGUCUGA